AUGGGAAAAACGAAAAUAUGGGAAAAACGCAAAUAUGGAAAAACGCAAAUAUGGGAAAAACGCAAAUAUGGGAAAAACGCAAAUAUGGGGAAAACGCAAAAAUGGGAAAAACGCAAAAAUGGGAAAAACGCAAAAAUGGGAAAAACGCAAAUAUGGGAAAAACGCAAAAAUGGGAAAAACGCAAAUAUGGGAAAAACGCAAAUAUGGGAAAAACGCAAAUACGGGAAUAACGCAAAUAUGGGAAACACGCAAAUAUGGGAAACACGCAAAUAUGGGAAAAAACGCCAAUAUGGGAAAAAACGCAAAUAUGGGAAAAAACGCAAAUAUGGGAAAUAUGCAGAUAUGGGACAAACGCAAAUAUGGGACAAACGCAAAUAUGGGAAAAACGCAAAUAUGGGAAAAAACGCAAAUAUGGGAAAAACGCAAAUAUGGGAAAAACGCAAAUAUGGGAAAAACGCAAAUAUGGGAAAAAAGCAAAUAUGGGAAAAACGCAAAUAUGGGAAAAACGCAAAUAUGGGAAAAACGCAAAUAUGGGGAAAACGCAAAUAUGGGGAAAACGAAAAUAUGGGAAAAACGCAACUAUGGGAAAAACGCAAAUAUGGGAAACACGCAAAUAUGGGAAACACGCAAAUAUGGGAAACACGCAAAUAUGGGAAACACGCAAAUAUGGGAAACACGCAAAUAUGGAGAAAACGCAAAUUUGGGAAAACGCAAAUAUGGGGAAAACGCAAAUAUGGGGAAAAACGCUAA